GGGAGGAGGAAGCGGCUCCCGGGCCAUGGAGCAGCCUCCCGGGCCACGGAGCAGCCGGGCCAUGGAGCUGCCUCCCAGCCACUUCCCGGCCGCCCGAGCCGCGGCCGCGGCCGUGGGGUACCUGCGGUACCUGCGGGGCGGCCCCGGGCGGGGGCUGCAGGUGCGGGAGCUGCGCCGCGUCCGACGCCAGGACAUUGAUGAUGUGGGGCACAAGUACUACCUGGAGCUGGAGCUGGAGGAUGUCCUGGACAAAGACAGGACUGUCACCUGCACUGCUGAGGUUCUGUAUCACCUGGGCAGCAAAACCUCUGCUCCAGAUGUGCAGGUCACAGUGCAAGGAGAGCUCAGGAGCACAGAGGAAGCAGACCAGGAGUUCUACAAUCGGAUCAGGAGCCUGGAAAAGGAGCUUGUGGCUGAGAACAUCCCAGACAGCCAUGGGAACGUUCCCCCAGAGCUGGAGCCCAUCCACCUGCUGGCCUGGGUGGCCUCUGGCUACGUGAUCUGGCAGAAUUCCACCGAAAACACCAAGUUCCACCUUGCCCAAGUUAAACACGUGAAGCAAGUGAAAAGAAGUGAUGAAGAUCUUCAGUUUGACUUUGUGGUUCUACUCCAUGAAAUGGUGUCCCAGGAGGUGCUGCCCUGGGAGGUGACCCUGCUGUGGCACCCCCAGCACGGGGCCCGAGUGGCCCAGAGCCGCCCCGCGGGAGUGGGGAGCUCCUGAGCACCCCUGGCACACCUGAGCAGCACCCCUGGGAGACCUGAGCAGCACCCCUGGGAACACCUGAGCACCACCCCUGGGAACACCUGAGCACCACCCCUGGGAACAUCUCAGAGCUCCCGCACCUGGAAGGAGCAGGUGAUGGGAGUGGGGACCAACCACAGUACAAGACAUUAAAUUAAACCUUCCUGGGUGUUUCUGAUCCCAGAAUUCCAAAGGGACUUCCUCUGCCUCCAAGGGGACGAAUGCAACCAUUCCCAGCAGGAAUACUCACGGCACAGGGGCAGAGAUGUUCUCCCUGAAGGACACUUUGGGCUUCCCCAUGGUGCAAGGACAACCAUAUUCCCUCUCCAUUCUCUGCAGGAAGAAACCCACAGUGAUUUGGGUUAUUCCACUGGGAAUUAUUUAGGAACUUCAUCAGGAUUAGUCACUUUUUUGGUUGGGGGUUAGAUUGAUUUUUGGGGCUUUUUUUUUUUUUUAAUUAACAAAUUAUUCCCCAUAAACUUCUUUAAGAUGUGCAUCUUCAAAUGCAGGAAAAGGAAACAACAUUAAUUAUGUUAUUAAAAUUCAAGUUUUUCAAGGCAAAAA